AUGAUAACUUCCAUGAACAUCGCCUUACUAGUAGCCCUGUUCCUGCUAAACUCCGAUCGUAUUCAGAAAGCCAUUGAGAUAUGCAACGAAUGUUUAAUUUUGCUAAACAACAGCGAUCAAAACAGCAAAGAUCAAUUUGAUUCAGUACUACUACAUAUUUACAACGACAUCUAUACAGUUCUUUACAGCGCUUAUCGUCAUAUCUCUGACUACGUAAAUGCGGCAAGAUACGGCAGGAAACUGUUUGUCUUCUACAGCACGUCUGGAAUUCUGUUUUAUAAACGUGGCGAAAACCUAAAAGCGAAGGAGUAUGUUACAAGGGCCCUUACCAUAACGACCGAAAUUGGCGACAAAAGCGGAGAAGCAUCCUGUUACACAAAUUUAGGUGCUGUGUUUCACUCGCUCGGGAAAUACAACAAGGCUAAAGAGUAUCUCCACAAAGCGCUUGUCAUCACAACUGAAAUUGGCGACAGAAAAGGAGCAUGUUAUGCAAACCUAGGUGCUGUGUUUCAGUCGCUCGGAGAAUAUGAGAGGGCUAAAGAGUAUCUCUCCAAAGCGCUGGUCAUCAGAACUGAAAUUGGCGACAAAGAAGGAGAGGCAACUGACUACGGAAACCUAGGUGCUGUGUUUCAUUCGCUCGGAGAAUAUGACAAGGCUAAAGAGUAUCUCCACAAAGCACUUGGCAUCGGAACUAAAAUUGGCGACAGAAAAGGAGAAGGAGCAUGUUAUGCAAACCUAGGUGCUGUGUUUCAGUCGCUCGGAGAAUACGACAAGGCCAAAGAGUAUCUCCACAAAGCUCUUGUCAUCACAACUGAAAUUGGCGACAGAAAAGGAGAAGGAGCAUGUUAUGCAAACCUAGGUACUGUGUUUCAUUCACUCGGAGAAUACGACAGGGCUAAAAAGUCUCUCCACAAAGCACUUGUCAUCAGAACUGAAAUUGGCGACAGAAAAGGAGAAGCAACUGACUACGGAAACCUAGGUAAUGUGUUUCUUUCGCGUGGAGAAUACGACAAGUCUAAAGAGUAUCUCCACAAAGCGCUUGUCAUCGCAACUGAAAUUGGCGACAGAAAAGGAGAAGGAGCAUGUUAUACAAACCUAGGUGCUGUGUUUGAAUCGCUCGGAGAAUACGACAAGUCUAAAGAGUAUCUCCAAAAAGCGCUUGUCAUCACAACUGAAAUUGGCGACAGAGGAGGAGAGGCAUCAUGUUAUGGAAACCUAGGUACUGUGUUUCUGUCGCUCGGAGAAUACGAGAGGGCUAAAGAGUAUCUCCACAAAGCACUUGUCAUCACAACUGAAAUUGGCGACAGAAAAGGAGAAGGAGCAGGUUAUGCAAACCUAGGUGCUGUGUUUUAUUCGCUCGGGCAAUACGACAAGGCUAAAGAGUAUCUCCAAAAAGCGCUUGUCAUCGGAACUGAUAUUGGUGAUAAGAGAGGGGAAGCAUCAUAUCUUGCAAACCUUGGAUUUCUCUUUGGAAUUGUUGGAAAUUAUGAAGUUUGGGAAGUAUGCUUGGAGAAAGCUUUAUACAUAUCUAGAGAUAUUGGAGAUAGAAGAGUAGAGUUCGAAAUCUUUCAAAAAUACGCCGUUUUGUAUUUAGCAAAAAAUAAAAUCAAAGACUCCAUUGCGUGUCUUCAUCUGUGCAUUGAAAAGUACGAGGACCUGAGAUAUUUCUUGGGGGCCAAUGAUGAGUUCAAAACAUCACUUCUGGAGCACUCAGGAAUAUUUCCCUACAAGCAACUUAGUACUCUGCUUUGUCUUACCGGAAAUGCUCUUCAAGCUCUUUAUGUUGAGGAGUUGGGUCGAGCGAGAGGUCUAUCCGACUUGAUGACAGAGAAGUACUCGCUUGAAACGCAGAUUUCUGCUGAUCCACAAUCUUGGUUUGGCAUUGAAAACAGUUUUAGAAAGAAAAAUAACUGUGCUUGUUUGUACAUUUCUUAUUUUCACAAUGUUCUGCAUUUGUGGAUCUUGAAAACAAGUGGAGUCCUUCACUAUAAAAGAUUACUAGAAGAGAAUCUAGUUCAGGCUGGGUUGCCCAAAGAUUUGCCUCUGAGUGAGUUUUUGGCUGAUAGUUUCCGGAGUCUUGGUAUUUUGCCCACUGAAGAUUGUGAAGAUCGGUCUUUAAAUAUGGUUGAAUUGGAACCUCUCUCCCCCGAACAAAAGAGCCUAGCAAGAAUGCGACUCGUGGAGGAGGACGAGGACAAGGAGGUCAUUUCAAGUCUAUCUUUGUGUUACAAAAUGUUUAUUGCCCCUGUUUAUGAUUUGCUUGAGGAGCCUGAAAUCAUUAUUGUUCCUGACCGCAGUUUGUACAAAGUUCCCUUUGCUGCCCUGAGUGAAAAGGAGGGAACCGAAUACCUGUCGGAGACUCAUAGGAUCCGUGUCAUUCCGUCUUUGACAACACUCAAGAUCAUUCGAGAUAGUCCACAGGACUAUCACAGCAACACUGAUGCCUUGAUAAUAGGCAAUCCCAAGGUUGAUUGGCUGCCAUCAUUACCAGGUGCAAGAAAGGAAGCGGAGAUGGUCGGACGACUGGUGGGUGUUCCGCCUCUAGUAGGAGAGAAAGCAACGAGGCAGGCGGUGCUUGAGCGGAUAAGUUCAGUGAGCCUGAUACAUUUUGCUGCCCAUGGUAACGCCGAAAGGGGAGAAAUUGCCCUCUCCCCCGUUCCUACUUCCAACAGUGGAAACGCUACCCAACCAAAGGAAGAUUACAUGUUGACGAUGGCUGAUGUCUCACGAGUGAAAGUCAGAGCUAAACUGGUGGUACUUAGCUGCUGUCACAGUGGAAGUGGAGAGAUAAGAGCCGAGGGAGUUAUAGGAAUUGCCCGUGCGUUCUUAGGAUCCGGUGCUCGCUCGGUGUUGGUUGCGCUGUGGGCCAUUUCAGACAAAGCAACAGAGAAGCUGAUGAGUCGGUUCUACAAACACCUUGUUGAAGGAGAAAGUGCCAGUGAAUCCCUUCAUCAGGCCAUGAGGUGGAUGAGGAAAAAUAGAUUUAGCGAAGUGUAUGAGUGGGCUUCGUUUACGCUGAUUGGAGAUGAUGUGAGGCUCGAGUUUGACAAGCAGAGGUAA